UAUAAAUUUAUUUUCAUUUUUUCACCAUGAAUUAUAGUCCAAUUUUUCAAUUUUAUAUAUUAGUAUUGAUAUUACAUCAAAAUUUUUAUAAUAUAAAUUUAUUUUAUCCUACAAGAUAUUAAUUUUGAAAUGUUAAUAUAAUUUUUAUAGACAAUCACAAAAUUAUUUUAUGAUACAAAUAUUAAUAUUGAAUCAUUAAUAUAAUUUUUAUAGGCUGCUGCAACGCGCGGAUUCUCAACUAGUUGUUCUAAAAGCAUGGGUACGGAAUACCUCAAUACCAAAAAUUUGGAAGUGUUUGCCACGGGGAGAAACAUAUCGGUGGUUUUUUUCCAAAAAUAUUUGAAUUAUAAAAAUUAUUUUUAAAAAUAAGAUCCAAUCUCGUUUGCAACCUCCAACAUACUAAUCUGAAAAUCAAUUAUAUUACAAUCUAAAAAUUCAAUCUCCAACGUAAUAAUCUGAAAAUCAACGGUAAAUCAAUUACGUUACAAACUCAAUUACAAAUUCAACCAUAUUUCAAAAAAUAAGUUUGAAAAUAUAGAUAUUGUCACGAACUUCAUUAUAUAUUAUCUGUGCAAAACCAAUUUCUUGAAAGUCGGUCAAACAUUGUUUUUGUUCCGUGGUAAUGGAGUAUUGACUAAUGAAGCCAACCAUUAUUCAGACACUGAAUUGGUUUUUAUUUUGUAUUGUUAAUGAAGUAAGAUUCCUACCUAAUGGGGAAAUUCAGAAACGUAUCUAUACAGUUUCCUCAGAGUUUUAUCCUUUGGUGAUUCUGUUCCCAUUCGAAUUCUGUAUCAAUCUUUGCUAAUAUCCAAUUUAAUUUAGGUUACAUCUUUCUCUAUAUAAACUCCCGUAGAAUAGUUCAUUGUUAAAGUUUUUCAAGUUUUCUCAGAGAGAAUCAUCAUCAACAUGGCUUCAUCAAAAGAAAAUAACACAGCUUCGUCAUCACAGGCAAACCUUCUUCUCCAGAAACAGCUGAAAGAUCUCUGCAGAAACCCGGUAGACGGAUUCUCUGCUGGCUUAAUAGAUGAAACAAACAUCUUCGAAUGGAGUGUCACGAUUAUGGGGCCACCGGGUACAUUAUAUCAAGAAGGUUUCUUCAAUGCUGUUAUGACGUUCCCAGAAGAUUACCCCUGCAACCCUCCGACUGUGAGGUUUACUUCAGAGAUAUGGCAUCCCAAUAUUUACGAGGAUGGAAAAGUUUGCAUCUCGAUACUUCACUCACCCGGGGAUGAUCCUCUUGGCUAUGAGUCUGCCACCGAGCGCUGGAACCCUGUACAUACAGUGGAGAGCAUACUCUUGAGUAUUAUAUCAUUGUUGUCGAGCCCUAAUGAUGAAUCUCCGGCCAAUGUGGAAGCUGCUAUUGAAUGGAGGGAACGAAGGGCUGAUUUCAAGAAGAGAGUUGCCCGUUGUGUCAGACGCUCACAGGAGAUGAUGUAAACCUGGACCUGGGUUGUCUCCGUAUCUACCCGAUGAUGUUUUGGUUUUAUAACUUUACUAUCCUGAUGAUGUUUUGGUUUUAUAACUUUACUAUCCUGAUGAUGUUUUGGUUUUAUAACUCAACUAUGAUCUCUUAUCCUAUAUAUAAAUUCUGAUAUUUGUUUCUUGCAA